CCCUCGUCGCGAACCUUUGCACCCCUCUCUCUCGUCCCGGCGCCGCCACCAUCGCGGCCGCCCCUCCAGUCUCCACCUAGGGUUUGGUUAGCAGGAGCAGCAUCCAAGGAAGCGGGGCGGCGCGAUGAGGUUGGAGAAGUGCUGGUUCUGCUCCUCCACCAUCUACCCCGGCCACGGCAUCCAGUUCGUCCGCAACGACGCCAAGAUCUUUCGCUUUUGCCGGUCAAAAUGCCAUAAAAAUUUCAAGAUGAAGAGGAAUCCUCGUAAGGUUAAAUGGACAAAAGCAUACAGGUGCUUGCAUGGGAAGGACAUGACGCAGGACUCCACCUUUGAGUUUGAGAGGAAGAGGAACAGGCCAGAGCGCUAUGACCGGAAUGUUACUGAACAAACACUUAAGGCUAUCCCUCUUAUUACAAAGAUUAGACAUGAUCGGCAGAAGAAACAUAUUACAGAGAGGCAAAAACAGGGUAAGACAAAGGAACGUGAGAGAGAUGCUAAGGAAUUGGAACAGGAUAUUCAAAUGCUCCCAAAGAAAGAUGUGCUCUCCGCACAAAAAACAAAGGUCGUGGUCAAAGUUUCUCAGCAGCAGACCGAAGAGAAUCUUAUGGAAGAGUAAUGAAAUGGAAUCAUGUUGCGUGUUCUAUCAUAUUGUCAUAUUUAUGCAGCAUGUUGUGUUUCAUUGGAUUGUUGCUAUGGAAGUUGUAUUUGACUGAUUACCAGCAAGUUUUGCACGUACCAUGUGGUUUGUGACUCCCAGCUAUAUUAUAGUGUUGAUGACUAUGCGAGCUGUUAAAAGGAUUGUUCAACUAAAAAUGUACUUCAUUCGAUGAA